AGCGGGCACCGGGCAGCGGGCAGCGGGCGGCGGCAGCGGGCGGCGGGCACCGGGCGGCGGCGGCGGCAUGGCGGAGAGCGAGGCCGAGACGCCCAGCACCCCGGGCGAGUUCGAGAGCAAGUACUUCGAGUUCCAUGGCGUGCGGCUGCCGCCCUUCUGCCGCGGGAAGAUGGAGGAGAUCGCCAACUUCCCGGUGCGGCCGAGCGACGUGUGGAUCGUCACCUACCCCAAGUCCGGCACCAGCUUGCUGCAGGAGGUGGUGUACCUGGUGAGCCAGGGCGCGGACCCCGACGAGAUCGGCCUGAUGAACAUCGACGAGCAGCUCCCGGUGCUGGAGUACCCGCAGCCCGGCCUGGACAUCAUCAAGGAGCUGACGUCACCCCGCCUCAUCAAAAGCCACCUCCCCUACCGCUUCCUGCCCUCUGACCUCCACAACGGCGACUCCAAGGUCAUAUACAUGGCUCGGAACCCCAAGGACCUGGUGGUGUCCUACUACCAGUUCCACCGCUCGCUGCGCACCAUGAGCUACCGGGGCACCUUCCAGGAGUUCUGCCGGCGCUUCAUGAACGACAAGCUGGGCUACGGCUCCUGGUUCGAGCACGUGCAGGAGUUCUGGGAGCACCGCACCGAUGCCAACGUGCUCUUCCUCAAGUACGAGGACAUGCACCGGGACCUGGUGACGAUGGUGGAGCAGCUGGCCAGGUUCCUGGGGGUGUCCUGUGACAAGGCCCAGCUGGAGUCGCUGAUCGAGCACUGCCACCAGCUGGUGGACCAGUGCUGCAACGCCGAGGCCCUGCCCGUGGGCCGGGGGCGCGUGGGGCUGUGGAAGGACAUUUUCACCGUGUCCAUGAACGAGAAGUUCGACCUGGUGUACAAGCAGAAGAUGGGGAAGUGCGACCUCACGUUUGACUUUUAUUUAUAAGCGCGGCCCCGGCCGCAACCCUGCAUGCUCGCCGUCCCCAGGCGCCACCUGCUACGGUCCCGUUUGCGCAUCCGCUCCUCGCUGGACAAGCCGGCCGCCGCGGGGCCAGGCUGGGAGGGGGGCCCGCAGGAGGGGGGGGCCGCCGCCCCGAGCGGCUGUCCCGCCUUCGGGUCUGAAGUCUGCCCGUGUCCGGUGCAAACACUGUCAGGAUGGCCGACCCGUUCCGACGGCCGCGCCGAGAACACAGCCUGUCACACACGCAGCCCGACGCCUGCCUUUCACAGCCGGCGCUCCUGUGUUCUAGCGCUUUCCGCCCGAAACCGGGACACAUCGGUACCAGCCAAACAGAAGGUCGUUUCCGGGGCCCGGGAGCGAGCCGCACCGGGCGGCGGGCAGAGCUGUUUAUUUUUGUAGUUUCCUCCUGCGGGCGGCCGCUCCGUUCUCACCCGGGUCUGAGGAAGGAGAGGGCUCCAUGAGGGGGGCCGUGAGGGGGGCCGAGGGGUCCCCCGUGGCGUGUGGUUCUGUCAGCGGGAAACCAGGCAGGGACUGCCCACAGGGCGUUCUCGGAGGGGAGGCCCCUGGGCCAGCGGGACGGGCCGAGGGACAGUCCACCGGACAACCACGCGGCUUUCUUUCGUCCCUGAAGCAGGAGCCCGCUGGGGCCGCCCCCUCAUGGGGGCUCCGGGGCUCCGGGCCCCGCGGGCGCUCAGCCCUGUCCCCGCACCUCAGUGUCUUUGGGUCUUUAUCCCUGUUCCUCCCCCUCCACCUGCCCCUCUCUGGCUGGAGGAGCGGAGACGGGGUGUCGGGGCCGGGAAGGGCCCUGAGGGUGUGGUCCGGGGCCGGACGAGCUGUCUGCCCUGCGCUCUGAGAGGUGUCACUGCUGGGCCCGCAGGCGCACGGGGUGCACGGGAUCCCAGGCCCCGGUCUGCGUGCGCAUCGUGAGGGCGGCUGCUGUCUGUGGAGUUUCUUUUCUAUUUUUCUAUUUCAGUACUGAUGGACAUGAGACCUCUGUGCUUGCUUGCAUCUUUAAUAAACACGUUCCAGG